AUGGCUGCGAAGAUGGCAUACAUGCUCCGUCUGAAUCAUGAAAACACUCAACUAUCCACCACAGCUCGCGAAAUUCGUCGGCGUAUUAUGUGGUCAAUAUUCAUUUUAGACAAACGACUUGCGGCUGGACAGUCGGACCUGAUAUCGUGCCCCAAAGAGCAAAUGCACAUACAACUACCAUCGAACGAGAGAGACUUCGAGCUCGCAAUUUCUGGCGAAACAGGUACUCUUAUAGCGACGCAGAUUGAUGAAGGUGGCUCCACCAGCAUGGGCACCAGAGCAUACUUUUGCCAACUCUCUCAUACUCGGCAUGAGAUUCUUCAAAGAGUAAUUUCAGAAGGUUCAAAAGCGCACGACUCUCGUGGUGAGCUUCUUCAACUGGAAUGUGACUUACAAACCCUGAAACGCUCGCUGCCUGAAUCAAUGGCCUUUAGCGAGCGUAAUCUUAACCUACGAGCUUACUCUCCACAUUUGAAGCGAUACGUUAUGCUACAUGCAAUGUGGCACCAAUGUCACUGUGACUUGUAUAGAUUUAUGCUACCUGGAAUUCGGGAGUCACUGGCUGAUGAAGUUCUCAAUACGACGCUACCUGAGUAUGCAAUUUAUUGUCAAACACGAGCAGUUGAGCAUGCAAAGGCACUUGUCGAUAUUUUUAGAACGGUUCAGAAGGUUUGCGAUCAAACUCCACAAGAUCCAGGGAUCGGCAUUUGUGUAUUUCAAUGCACACGGAUUUUAAUACGAGCUUUUGACAUUGGUCUUCUCGGAAGUCAUUCAACUGCUAUUGAGAUACUUUCCCAGCUCAAAUCUGCUGCGGAUAUACUCUUGCCCAUUGCCGCAGUAAAUCAGUCCGCUGACCAACUGUACAAAGAGGCCGAAAGGCUCAUAAGCACCGCGAUUGAUGGGGGUCCCUACCCAGACCCGAUGAGAGAAGCCUCACAAAAAGAGCACAUCCGUGACAACAACAUACUCGAUAUCCUAGCUCGCAUUCGUCGGCGUGAUAUUGAGCGAGGAGAGGAAGUCCUUCAGCAGUGCCCAGCAAGCCCCCCUCUGACCGGAUCGGAAGUACCAUCGGACAAAGAAACGGGUGCCGCCAACGAAAGAACAGUUGAGAAACAAUCGAGAGAAGAAGUUUUAGAGGAAUCUCUGUGGUAUACGGGACUCGAAUCAGAGCACAUGUUUGGCUCACUAGAUACUGUAUUCGAUGGAUUUGGGGGACCAUCUAUGAAUUUCGAUCCCCAAGAUCUUGAACAAUUGUACGGGAAUCAAUUAUGA